GGCGUUAAGCGAUGGUGUGCGCUCGCCAGCACUCAGGCGCGUCGUUGCCUUGCAAGGCCAGGCCAGGACCCAGUCAGAACGUUGCUUGAUUGCUGUCUGGUGCAAUCCCCUGGCUUUGGGACAUGGCUGCAUAGUCACACGGAUCUCGCCUCCUCGAUCGUGGGUGGGUGUGAGAAUAUGGGAAAGACACAGGGAGAGAAAGAGAGAGAGAGCACCACACACACUCACUCACGCUCUCUCUCUCUCACACACACACAAGUGCAGCUGGUGGGCAGGGCAUGUUGGCCCACGUACCUCCGCCACGCAUUAGCCGUGUCCGAUAGUGGUCCCUUUCAUCCUUUGCAACCAGCCCCAGCUUCCCCCCAAUGCAUCCAUUUCUGUGCCCCCCGCGCUCACUCCAGCGACAAACAUGCAACAAGGCGGAAUAGAAGAAGAAGAAGAUCGACAGAGUCUGUGUGAGGGUGGCGUGCGGUCGAAACGUUACAGAGCAAUAGAUUUCUGUGACUUGUUUUAAGGAAAACAGUUCAUGAAGGACGAAAGACAACUUCGAGGCAAUCAAUUCGAUUGUCUCGAUAAAAAUUAGCGGACACGCAUUUUUCCUUGAGCUGAGACCCAUUUCAGCCGUUGUGGUGUUGGAUAAAGAUACAUAAAACAUGGAUACCAGAGAUGGAGUACUAGACGCUAUCCUAGUGCCUCUAGGAUUAUUAAUUAUUCUAGCAUAUCAAGUAAGGUUGGUCUGGAAAGUGCGGUGUGCACCCCUGCUGACUGCAAUUGGGGUGAACCAUCUUGCCAGACGGCACUGGGUCGAGAGUGUGAUGAAGGAUAAUGAUAAGAAGAACAUCCUAGCUGUGCAAAGUCUCCGAAACACGAUUAUGGGAUCUACUCUCAUGGCAUCUACCGCCAUCUUGAUGUGCUCUGCAACUGCUGUCUUUAUGAGCAGUGCCUACUUCAACACUAAGGAGCCGCUUUAUGGUGGAGUCAGCCCCAAACUACUAAAUUUCAAGUUCCUGUCGCUCAUGGCAUGCUUCCUUUUCUCAUUUCUCGCCUACAUGCAAUCUGUGCGGUAUGUCAACCAUGUAAACUUCCUUGUAAACGUUCCUCUUCAGGAGGCCAUGGCAAUCCGCAUAUCCCCUCAGUACGUCUCAGAUGUGCUCGCCAAGGGAUGUAACUUCUAUACUGCCGGAACUCGUGGAUUCUACGUCGCAUUCCCAUUAAUGCUAUGGCUUUUUAGUCCUAUCGCAGUGUUCUGUGGCUGUAUUCUGCUUGUACCGGUAAUGUACAACCUCGAUGCAUCUGGCCUUGACAGCGACGACGAUUUUAUCCGAAAAAACUCAUUGAAGGUCAGUCUCCCUCGUCACUUCACAGAAGAUGUAGCUGGUGUAACUCGUCCCUUCAGGUCGUGUGAGCUGAGGAAAAGUUCCGACGGCAACGUGCUAACUACAUGCUCGGAUCACUGGACAAGCACGGACUUUAAUAUCCGAGCCACACAAGAGCUUGGUCGAUAGCUCACAGAGCGCAGCCAUCGGCGAACUUGAUAAAUUAGGCUAGUGAGGACCCCCCCCCCCCCCCCCUCCCUCCCUCCGAAUUCAUCCUUGGCAAACCAACCCUCAGGCUCCCCAUGACCCCAAAGGCGUAUAAACCAUAACCCAAUUUCGUCCUGUGUAGAAAAUUGACCAGGAUAACAUAGCAAUCUCCUUCUGGUUUGACAUCACCUGGACCAAACGCUCUGUGAAAGAUGGCCCUAAGCUCUAGAAGUUUCAUGUUUGAAUGUACUGGUUUCAAUGCAAGAUGGCAAUUAAGACUGCCUCAGCUCUUUUGACAAUAAAGUUUGACAAUGUGGGACAGCACGGCGUGAGAAACGUUGACAUGAGUUUAACCGAGCAGUGCUCUGGUAAUGUAAUCCUUCACUUAGAAAUAAAUCAAAAGAGCUCAAUAGCUGAGAGAUGAGCACUGUUCGCGUGGGUACAAUUUCUGUGCUUGUGAACUAUCUGCCAUCCUUGUGCUUCGUUCUUCAGUUCUA